AUGAGCUAAUUUUAACAAGCAGUAUUCCAAUUGCGAUAAAUCCUUCGAAAGAAUAGUCACCCAGAUAUUUUUAACUCAAUGCUAAGCAUCAUAUUUUCUGAUGACUUCUCCUAUCCCAAUUAAGAAUAAAUUGCCAAACUGGAAAAAGCCUUCUUCUUGAAUAAGGACACUGCUAUCAUACUUCAAAUUCUAUUAACAUCAUUCGAAAAUAAUACCUUUACAUAAAUAGAAGAUUAUAUAAAUCUCCUUUUGUACAGGAUCGACAGUCACAUUUCAUUACUUGAAUCUAAUUCCUCCUCUUCAUCAAGUCCUGCUCGAUUUUACACCCAAUAUUAAGUGACCGAAAGAAUCAAAAAGGAAUAGAGUAUUAACAAAAAAAUCAAAAAAUAAACCAAAAAUUAGCACAAAAAGACAGACAAUACAUCAAUCCCAAAAAAUAAUAAUAAUAAUCAAUGA